AUGGAGGCCACAGAAGAACUCAAGGAGUUCAAAAAGUACCUGCAGGACGGCUUAGAGGCGCUUGGUCUCGACACAGAGGUAUUCGUUGAAUACAUCCUUGGGGUGCUGGAGGCAUCUGCUAGCUUGAAUUCAGCAGCAAAAGCAGCAGCAGAUGAGCAGCAGCAGAAGAAGCAAAUACAGCAGGAGCUGCUGGAAACCCUCAGUCUCACUUUAGAAGAUAGCGCGCUGCAGCAGCAGCUGCAGGACUUUUGCUGCUCCUGCGCCGCGAGAUGGGUGGAAGUGGUGUUGCCCGCAGCAGCGCAGCAGAAGCAGCAGCAGCGGCAGCAAAAUCUACAAGCAGUCCUUUCCAGCAGCACAGCAGCAGCAGCAGAAGUGGACGAGCAGCCGGAGGAUGAGGCAGCCAGCCGCAUUCGGGAGCGUGUGGUGCAGCAGUAUGGAUACGAGUUUGACGAAAUGGUUGAGUGCGACGAAGAGGGGAAGCUACAGCUCGACAGCAGCAGCAGCAGCAGCAGCAGCAGCAGCAGCAGGAAGCAAGGUGACGACCCUGGGAUCUGGUGCAACGACAACAGGGCCAGAGUGCAGCAAGCAGCUCAGGCGGCUCGGGCAAAGGCCAAAGCAGACCACGAGAUGGAGGUGCAGCGCAACAAGCAGCAGCAGCUGCUGCAGCAGCAGCGGAUGGAGAAGGAGAAACAACGGGUAGCUCGUAAGGAAAGAAAAGCAGGCCGCUAG